CAGAACCACAUGUCAAGUGGGUUCUUUGAAUAGCGCAGGUAGGGUCUACAUAAUAGAAAUUCAAGAGAAGAGGGUGACAUGUCAGCCUCCUGAAUUAUCCAAUUCAUUCAUUGAAAUUCUUUGAUGGCUUCGCCACUUUAUGCUGACAUUGUUGGGGUUUCUUUAUCUUCUCGUAUGAAUGCGACGCCUUUAUUCUUGACCAUUACCCCCAUAUGAGCACCAGUCGCAAGAUAGGAAUUUGGGAAAAUCAGAACCAAAAUGCCACUCUCCAGAGAGCCCAGUCAGAGAGCUUUAAACUGGGUGAAAUGGAAUUCCAACAAAUCAAGUUCGAAUUCUAACCAGAAUUCCAAGCGUCCUGCGGAACCCGAAAUUGUGCAUCUUGGAGGCGCACGCGUGGGAACCGCUUACGAGGUGCUAGACCUACCUGCCCCUGAUCGAUCCAGGCCAGCGGAACGGCCUCUAACCCAAUGGACUUUCAAUCCACCACCACCCAAUCCUCCCGGAAUAGGUAUUGCAAUUGCAAGCCCCAACGACAUCUCAGCGCAAAACCAUGCCGGUUUCGAUUACGAGACCGAGCGGCCCAUCACACAAUGGUUUCCAGAGUUUCAGCCGGAAGCGCAGAAAGACAAGAAUGACACUCAGCAUUUGACGCCAGGGUCGGUGUACCCCAACGUGAUCCCAUAUACGAACAAUGAAGAGAUUUUACCGUCUCCAUUGUCAGCCGGCGCGUCAAGCAUUGCGACUCGCGAUAGUACUCUAACAAAUAGCACAACUCUGCGAUCUCCGGCUGUGUCACCCGCGGCAUCUCCCAUAGACCAUUCGGAAACACCCCAAACACGCCCUGGUCAAUUCCCCAAGCGCUCGACUUCUCUGUCUCAGGUAUCGCGUUAUAUAUUAUCACCAGCCGGGAAGCAGUCCGUUAGCAACAAUGCGGCAACAAAAGUGAAGGAACAGCAUCUUCGACGGACUCAGUCGAGUGCCGAGGUUCCGAGAGCGACGAAUUGGAAGGGAUUCCCCAACCAGCCUUUUCGCGAACUGCCAGAUAGACCCCAAACACGAGAGGCGCCACCACAGGAGCCAAGGAUUCAGGAACCCCCAAGAGUUCUAAGAAGUUCCCCAAAGCCACCAACAAUAGCUCAAGAUACCCAGGUCCUGCCGCCACUCACAUAUCCUCCACCCAACGCGCCUCUUCCGCCGAUUUCCGGGUCGAAAUUAGCAGGCCAUAGCAAAGCGCGCGACCAAUUACACCAGCGAGGACGGUCAAGCUCAAGCGAUCGCGCUUACGAGAAGAGUCCUCCCAUAGAGUUCCAGGACAAGCCAGAGACGCAGCAGCAGUUAGGGCCAGAGCACCAACUCACGUCAAAAGAGCGAUUCUGGCUGCACAGACACUACCGUGGAGAGGCGGUCUUUUUAAAGGCAUGGGGACUACAGAUCGAGAGCGAGCAGGAUCGGCAAGAAGGGCGACGGAUUCUACGCGAGCUGAUGGAGGGUGAAGCACAAGAGGAAAGGGAGACGCAGGAAAGAAGCCGCAUGCAUCAUCGUUCCGGAUCGUUGUCUCGAUCGAGCUCCUCAACGGCGCUAUCAAGCCGUGAUGGCGCUGCGUUGGACGUCAUUGCAGAAGAGAGACUCAGUCGAGAAUUCCACUUACGCCCAAACGAGACCAUCGGGUAUGCGGAUGGAGGCGAGGACAAGUAUUGGAGUGUUGGGCCUGAAGCAGAGCAAAGAUCGAGGAGAGCCCGGAGGUCGGACAAGCAUGGUAGGAGCGAGAGUACGGAUUCCGUGCUUGAGCAGUACCUUGAUCUGCGCAUGAGCAACAAUCACUAAAAAUGAAUUUCAAAUGUUGGAUGGCUGGUGACUCUUCCAAGAUAUCUUUUUAACUUUUAGGCACUGUAUAUAUUUAUAUUAAGUAAUGUUAUAUAGACCAAUUUAUCAUGCUGCGCAUAAACGCAAUGUUACUCAUACCGUCUCAUCCCUUUUGUAGGGUAGCGAUAAAAAUC